AUGAUUGGUGCUUGUGGUUUAAUAUUUGCCAUUUGUUCGGUUUUAAGUAUUCAAGUAAACGCAGCUCGCUUGCGUUUUCCGGGACCCGUACUACAGCAACAGGAAGCGGCGCCAUAUCCUCCAGCAGGAUUAACGCCUGAUCCGCCAUUUGAAUUGCCAACGGAGCAGGCUGCAAAUUACCCAGAGCCUGAUUUGACAUAUGGACCGCCAGACGAAGUGUACGGACCGCCGGAUGAAGUUUACGGCCCCCCCGACGAAGUAUAUGGUCCACCCGAUAAUACCUAUGGGCCUCCCACCGAACAGGUUAAUGUUUCGGAAACAUAUCUGCCACCGCAGAGUUCUUCUACAAGUGAAUCGCUUGUAAAUCUUGCAAGUCUACGACCACAAGCACAAUUGGUACUGCCGUUAGUUCAGCGCUUCGCGGCUUUCCGUCAAGUGAUUCGUCCAGUGCAAGCACAACGCAGGCCUGCCAAAUUAAUAACUCUCCCGCAACGCAGACCAGCACAGAUUAUCAACGCCAACAAAGCUGUGUUUCCCGCUACGCAAUUGACACUGCCUUUUUCGGAUCGUCGGAUCCCCUUCCGGCCACAGCGUUUAGUUGUAAACGCUCCAUUAAAGAGAAGGCCCGCCCGUGUUUCACAAUUCACUUUAGGUUGA